CCGUAAGAAGAGAGAAUCUAGCAAGCUAGAAAAGUAAGAGAGUAGUGUUGAUUAAAAAAAGAAAAGAAAGAGCAGCUAGAGAAGGAGGAGAUAGAGAUGAGGAUUUUUCCCAGGUUCAACUCUCUGUCAAGAGCAGUGCAUGAGGAAGAAGAGCGUGAGCAUGAUGAGGAAAUAAUCACGUACCCUAGAACUAGAAGCGAAGGAAGCUCGUGCAUAUCACUAACAGUUUGGAGAAAAUCCCUGGUUAUAAGUUGUAAAGGGUUCACGGUGAUCGAUUCUUACGGAAAUCUGGUGUAUAGGGUCGACAAUUAUACGGGUCACCCAGGCCAAGUCACUCUCAUGGACGCCUCAGGAAAAUCUAUCCUCAACAUGUGCCGCCGCAGGAAGCUUGGAUUGUUAGAUAGCUGGUUUGUAUAUGAAGGGGAAGUGGGGAACCAGCGUACGUGGAGGAGUAACUUGUCUAGAUCAUCAGAGUCUCCAAUUUGUUGUGUAAGGAAGCAUGUGAAUAUUUUACACGGCAACUCCAACGUUCAGGCGUACGUGUACCUUGGAGCCUCACACUCAGAUAAACGAUUUGCUGCGUUUACUAUAGAGGGUUCCUACGCACAUCGAACGUGUAAGGUGUUGGAUGACUGUAAAAGGGUCGUAGCUGAAAUUAAGAGGAAGGAAGCCAAUACCAAAAACGUAUCUUUUGGUGUAGAUAUUUUUCAGUUAAUUGUGCACCCUGGCUUAGAUCCUGGCUUUGCCAUGGCACUCGUCUUACUCCUCGAUCAAAUGUUUACUUAGCAGUUAUACGUGUUAUCCAGAAUCGUAUCAGCUGGGGGCAUCACACUAUGCUGCUUCAGGAUACUGGCAGUUGAAUGUUUGUUUUCCACAAUCGAGUCCCUAACCAGUUUACAGGGUAAUGAUAUUCUAGAUUUUGAAGCAGUCUAGGCUCUUUUCUUAACAUUAUUGUAAUGAACACCAUUUUUAUUCUGGACUAUGGAAACCCUUAGUUUUUUUGAGGGAAUUAUCUGCUCCACACUUCUUGCCACCAGGUCAGAUCCAAUUACCGAAAUUGGCGUUGAAGGCAUUUCUUCAUGUUUUACAGUUGGCUUCAAGUUGUUACAUUUAAUGGUCUUAUGUGAAGUCUUCUUCUGCAGUCUUAUAAUUCCAUACCUGUUUUGCCUAGGUGAAUGAGUUGCAAUUUCAAAGAGAGUUUGUGCAGCUUCUAAUAAUCUUGGACAAUGCGCAUCUGUCACAGACGAAAAUAUUAAGCAGGGGAGAAGAGAGAGAGGCCUAACUUUACUCACAACUUCAGCAAAUUAUUUAUA